AUGCCCCCCCAAACCCUCACCCCCAGCAAACUACGUCAGCAGUUCCCUGAAUUCUUCGGAACAAUGGCAUACCACUAUAUGAACGGACCUCUGCACCCAUCAGGGCAUACUAUCUGCGGACGUACCGUCACGAAAGUGGCGGAGAUCCUGGGGUCCGAUUGGGAAGGCUUCCAUCAAGGAAUCAAGAACUACGGCGCCUUCAAAGGUGAAAUAGUCCAGGUCAUACAGGCCAAAGUACAACAGCAGCUCCUGGACUCUGGCGAAGCAUUCCAAUACACUGAGCCGGACAAACGUGAGAUCAGCCGAUCUGGGGAUGAAUGCGGUGUUGCGCUCAUGGAUCAAUGGUAUCUUGACUACGGUGAAACUUUCUGGAAGAACACUACCCUUGAAUUCGUGGAGAACUCGGAGGCUUUCAAUAUAUAUGUGCAGGAGACUCGCAACGGUCUUAGAGGAGUGCUCAAUUGGCUUGAUCAAUGGGCCUGCACGAGGACAUACGGCCUCGGCUACAAAGUGCCUUGGGACUCCCAGUUCCUAGUUGAGAGCUUGAGUGAUAGCACACAAUAUAUGGCAUAUUACACCGUGGCCCACAAGCUAACAGAUAUCUACGGCCAGGCGCCAGGAACACUGAAAAUCCCCAAUCAUCUCACAUUCUUCAUCUACAUCUACCUCGCCAUCUUCCUACUAGAAUAUUGGCCGAAGGCAAUCCGGGAAAACGGCCACCUGCUCCUCAACGACCAAAAAUCAACCCGGAAAUACGGCGAAGAUGCAACCCAAAUCACCCUCGCAGACGCAGGCGACGGCGUAAACAACACCAACUUCAACGAACAAGUAGCAGACGCAACCAUCCUCCGACUGCACGCUCUUCGGGAAUGGUGCGAAGAGCAAGUAAAAGCAAACCCCAAACCAAACCCAUCCCCCUCAGCAGGACUCACCCUUUUCGACAAGACCUUCGCCAACUACAUGAACGUUCUCGCGGCCGAAUGUUGUCGCCACUAUGCCGAUACAAACAAACUACAAACUCGCUCUGAAGGCGGCGCUUAUCUCGAAUGGCAGGCCCUUCUUCUGGCCGUCAUUGCCCCUCCUGGUCGGAGUAGCGAAGUACUCGGGAGACGAGGAACGAUUCAUAACGCCACGUUCCCGGUUCCUCGGGCUAAUGAUCCUGCGCUCACUGUGCAAGGCGAGUAUAUACGAAGCACUACCUCCCGGAUUACGUCGGCGCUUGCCGCGUAUGAAAAGAAAGCAAAACGCAAGUCACUCGACUUCGAUCCCAAAAAGCCGAGUGCGCUGAACAUUCACACUGCAUCGACGUUCCCCGCAUGGCAGGAUGACUCUAUCGAUAUACUACACGAGUGCUUUGAUGGGGAUAACCAGUUGAUAGAUAAUGAUUCGCUGACUCGCCAGGUGCUGGCAUUGAGCGAAGCCACGAAGGCAAUGCCGUUUGUCCAAACGCUGAAGAAACGGUUCUUGAGUGGCGAGCAACCGGAUUCAAACUUUGAACGUAAACUGGUGUUUGAUGAGGUUUUGAGUCGGGGACAGGCUCUUUCGGUGUUGAAGAGCGCGACGGGGCUGGUGCGGAUUGAUAUUAUCGAAGGAGUGCUUUGGCGGUACCAAGGGUCCCAGCCUUGA